UACCCGAGCCAGCUGUUCCUGUUACUCUUUCUGUUACUAUUACAUACUAACCUCGAGUGUCUAAGACAGCUUGGACGUGCAAUACACAAUGACAGCUGAUAUGAUAUUCUGGCUCGGAACCGCUGGAAAGCGAGCUAAAUCCGUCCGUACGGUCCGUCAUGUGGUAGUACAAGUCUCCAAAAAUUACAGUUAUCAGGCUUUAUAAGUACCCGUUUCGCCUUGUUUGAUAUUCAAGUCACGGUUCUGCUGCUUUGCUCUGAUAUUUCUCUCCAACUGCAUGAUCCUUGUAUAUCGAGUUUAAUUUUCUAUCGACAAUCUCAAAUAUGGCAGCCGACCAUCCCUACGACCCGACCUUUACUGACCGCGUGGUCAACGCCAUGGGUCCCAAGACAUCGCCUCGACUGCGCCAGCUCAUGUCCGGGCUGAUCCGACACAUCCACGACUUUGCGCGCGAAAACGAACUGACUGUGGAUGAGUGGAUGGCUGGCGUGCAGAUGAUCAACUGGGCCGGCAGGAUGAGCGACGAGAAACGGAAUGAGGGACAACUGCUGUGCGAUGUGAUUGGAUUAGAAUCGCUAGUGGAUGAAAUCACCUACAAGGUUGCUGCCGACGCAGACGCGCCAACGGCAACAGCCAUCCUAGGCCCAUUCUUCCGCGCAGACACAAUAGCUCGACAGAAUGGCGAUUGUCUUGUUACUGGCGUCGACGAUUGUGAAAUGACGUUUAUGCAUGGCCAAGUCGUGGAUUUUACCACCAAGAAGCCUAUCCCCGGCGCCUUUGUGGAGGUGUGGCAGGCGUCGACGAAUGGGCUAUAUGAGCAACAAGACCCGGAUCAGGUAGAGCACAAUCUACGCGGGAAAUUCAGGACGGAUGAGAAUGGGCGAUAUUGGUUUUAUUGUAUUAGGCCAACGCCAUAUCCAGUUCCGGACGACGGCCCGGCUGGAAAGUUGCUAGAACUUAUGGACCGACACCCAUUCCGUCCUGCCCAUAUCCACAUUCUGGCAACGCAUGAUAAAUACAAGCCUCUAGUCACGCAGAUAUUCGACCGAAAGGACCAAUACUUGACCAACGAUUCUGUCUUUGCAGUAAAGGAUUCUCUGAUCGUGGACUUUGUACCUCGAAAAGACGACCCCAAAGCAAGCUUAGAGCUGGAAUAUAAUGUUAAGCUGGUUCCUGCAGAAGCCAACACGAAUGGGGCGUAAUUUAGCAGAAAAAUGUGUUUCGUGAAGUAUUUAGCCAUGAUUGUAUUGUAUUCA